CGACAUUCCAGUUGACCAUGAACGAGAUUUUUCGACCACUGCUGGAUAAGUGCGUCAUCAUAUACCUCGACGAAAUCCUCGUCUACAGCACCACCCGGGAGCAGCAUUUGAAGGAUUUGGAAGCAGUUUUUUCUCUCCUGGAGCAAAACCGACUCAUCACCAAGGGUUCUGAGUGCGAGUUUCUAAAACACGAACUGGGCCAUGUGAUCUCUAUCGACGGCGUUAAGAUUGAUCCUAAGAAGAUUGCUACCAUCCGAGACUGGAAGCCGCUGGCUAAUCUCCGAGAACUUCAGAUUUUCCUGGGGUUUGUCAAUUACGUCCACCGUUUCAUUCCUAACAAGGACGGGGUAACUUCCCCUCUCACGGAUCUCCUGAUGAAGGGCACGUUUUUUGAGUGGGGGGGAGAGCAGCAGGCUGCGUUCGAAAAGCUCAAAAUUUUAUUGACUACACAUCCGGUUCUUCGGAUAGUGAUCCUCACCGUCCUACUGCUACAAGAUUUUGGCGAAGGCCUCAAACCCAUCGCCUACGAGUCACGAAAGCUGAACCAAGCCGAGCGAAACUAUCCUAUCCACGAAAAGGAGUUACUCGCCAUCGUUCACGCUUUCAAAGUCUGGCGGUGCUACCUGACGGGAGUUGACGUGACAGUCCGAACAGAUCACAAAGCGCUACAGUUCAUCCGCGCCCAACCGACACUGAAUCCCCAACAGAUUCGCUUGCUCGACUACCUCGAGUCCAACUUCCACAAGAGACAGUACGGCACACGUCUGCAUCUGUCCACGGCGUACCACCCGCAAUCGGACGGUCAGACUGAGCGCACCAACCAGACGAUAGAGCAGCUGCUUCGCACGACAUGCACAGACCCGGCCCAAUGGGAAGACACAUUUUCUUUGAUCGAGUUUGCGUACAACAAUGCCCCAUCGGCCACGACUACUUGGUCCCCAUUCUUCUUUAUUUACGGGAUAGAUCCGACAACCCCUCUAUCGCCACCGAUAGAAAAUCCGGCACCAAGAUCUCAGCACUUCGUGACUUAACACUUGCCCCUGGGCAAUUG